AUGGAGCGGGAUGGGGCGGGAGCGCCCUCGGCCAAUGAGGGGGAACCACGCUCCAGGAAGCGGGAAGGAGGCGGUGGGAAGGGCGGUGUCCCCAGCCCCGGUGCCGCGCUCGGCUUGCCCACGGUUCUGCCCGCGGAGGGGCUGGGGAAUCCCGGCUGCCCGCGGCCGGAGCCGCUGAGCCGUGUCCCGGAGGCGGGAUGGAGGUGCCGUCCCUCCGUGAGGGGAGCGGCGGGUGCAGUGCGGCUACUUAGCCUUCAAGAUACAGCAGUAUCUUCAGAGACUGAAGUGCCAUCUGGCUUGAUGUUCACAGACAUAACUCCCUUGACUCUGCUCUGGCAGCUCGGGGUAAUGGUCACAAACUACCUGUUGCAGAGGAGAGGAGAGAGUGGCUUUAGAGAGUACCUGGUGUUCAGCCAGGGUCAACCCACUACAGCCACUCUGAUAAGACCCCAGCAUACACAGCACGACUGUGAUGCCAGGUCCUGCCACCCACCCGUUGGGAACCUCCUCUGGGGUCGCAGCAAGCAACUGACAGCCUCGUCAACCUGUGGGAUCAACAGCCCUCAGAAGUACUGUAUUGUAGGCUACCUAGAGGCUGAACAGAAGUGCUUUCUCUGUGAUUCCAGAUACCCAUAUAAUCCCUAUACCCAGCACAACAGUCAUAUGAUUGAAAAUGUUAUCACAGCGUUUGAGCCUGAUAGGAAAAAGAAGUGGUGGCAGUCAGAAAAUGGCAUGGACCAUGUCAGCAUUAGAUUGGACCUAGAAACUUUAUUCCAGUUCAGCCAUCUUAUCCUGACCUUUAAGACAUUUCGGCCUGCAGCAAUGCUAGUUGAGCGCUCUACCGAUUUUGGUCAGUCCUGGAAAGUGUUUAGAUAUUUUGCACAUGAUUGUGCAGCUUCUUUUCCCAACAUCUCUUCCGGUCCAGCAAAAAGUGUGGGAGACAUCAUUUGUGAUUCAAGAUAUUCAGACAUCGAGCCCUCAACUGAAGGCGAGGUUGUUUUAAAAGCUUUGGAUCCCAGCUUUGAAAUAGAAAAUCCAUAUGUGCCCUAUAUCCAAGAGCUCAUUACAUUGACAAACCUGAGGAUCAAUUUUACUAAACUCCACACCCUUGGGGAUGCUCUGCUUGGAAGAAGGCACAGUGAUCCCCUUGAGAAGUACUACUAUGCCAUCUAUGAGAUGGUUGUGCAGGGCAGCUGCUUUUGCAAUGGCCAUGCCAGCCAGUGUGAUUCCAUGCAGAAUCUGCGGGGAGAUGUUUUCCAUCAGUCUGGGAUGGUCCAAGGGAGAUGUAUCUGCCACCAUAACACUGAAGGUUUGUCUUGUGAAAGAUGUAAAGAUUUCUACAAUGAUGCUCCCUGGAGGCCAGCUGAAGGGACCGAAGAUAAUGCUUGCAAACGUUGUAACUGCAACGGCCACUCCAGCAGAUGCCACUUUGACAUGGCCAUGUACCAGGCCAGUGGCGGGGUCAGCGGUGGGGUUUGUGAGGACUGCCAGGACAACACCACCGGGCAACACUGUGACCAGUGCAAACAUUUCUUUUACCAGGAUCCACUCAAAGUCAUUUCAGACCCUCAGGCGUGCCUCCCAUGUGACUGUGACCCAGAAGGUACAUUGCACAAUGGCGCCUGUGAGAGUCGCACAGAUCCCACUCUGGGAACGGUGGCAGGCCGGUGCCCUUGCAAGGAGAAUGUAGAGGGUGUUCGCUGCGACAAGUGCAGGGCAAACUACUAUGGGCUGAGUGGCAGUGACCCCCUGGGCUGCCAGCCCUGCAACUGUGAUCCCUCUGGCAGUUUGCCCUUCUCCAUCUGUGAUCCUGCCACAGGAGAGUGCCUGUGCCAGCGGUUCACCACAGGGCAACGCUGUGAAAAAUGCCUCGUAGGAUACUGGGGUCUUGGCAACAGCUUGAAUGGCUGUUCUCCGUGUGACUGUGAUAUUGGUGGAUCCCAGAAUAACUUGUGCUCGCCAAAAGAUGGUCAGUGCAAGUGUCUUCCCAACAUCGUGAGCCGCCAGUGCAACGAGCCAGCUCCAGGCUAUUUCUUCUUACCCCUGGAUUAUUACAUUUAUGAAGCUGAGCAUGCAAAACCCUUUUCUGGCUCUGCACCCUUGGUUCAGCCAAGCACUCUUCCAAGGUGUGACAUCUACUUGCAGAAGCAAGGCUAUGAGUUCAUUAUUGAAAAUGGAAAGAUUGUGUUAAACAGGAACAAGAAACGAACUGUAAGAAAAUCUGGACUGGAACAGGGUGUGAUGCAGUUUGGACAGGACUCUGUUUCGGCGGUGGUUUUCAGGCAGCCCAGCGCUGGUCGAUCUGUGACAUGGACAGGACCUGGCUUUGCCCGUGUUCCCAGCGGAGCUGGGCUGAGAUUUACCAUCAACAACGUUCCCUUUGCUAUGGACUUUGAUAUCACAAUUCGUUAUGAGCCUGAGUCCUUGGAAGAUUGGCUAGCAAGUAUUGCCAUCCAGCCAACUGAUACCUUGUCAGGUCAACACUGCAACAACAAGGUCCUUUCACAGGAGCCACGUGCGUUGCCUCUCCCAGCUACAAAGAGGAUUGCAAUUCUGCAAACUCCAGUCUGUCUGGAGCCGGGAAGAGAAUAUUCUGUGGAUGUGUAUUUUUCUCAGGCCUCUGCCUCUGACACAAGGGCAAAAUCAUACAUCUUGAUUGACUCACUUGGACUUAUUCCCAGAAUCAGCUCCGUGGAGAACUUAUGCAGUGAAAAGGAUUUAGAUGAGUACCAGAAGUAUCACUGCAUUGAAAUUGCAUCCGAAGUUGGACCUCACGUCCUGCCUGAAGCGUGCGCACGGCUCAUAGUGAGCAUGUCAGCCCGGAUUCACAACGGCGCUGUCGCAUGUAAGUGCAAUCCCCAGGGGUCACUGAAUGCCAACUGCAGUAAACUGGGGGGCCAGUGUCAAUGCAAAGCCAACGUCGUGGGACGCUGCUGUGACACCUGCUCUGCGGGCAGCUAUGGCUUUGGCUUCCAUGGCUGCUAUGCAUGCGAGUGCCACCCACAAGGCUCCCUGAGCACGCUGUGCGACCAAGUAACGGGGCAGUGCUCCUGCCGCCGGGAGGUGGAUGGCCAGCGCUGCAGCCGAUGUCUGGCUGGGUAUUUCGGAUUUCCCCACUGCCGUCCUUGCCCUUGUAAUGGCAAUGCGGAGCUUUGCGACCCUCUGACCGGAGUGUGCUUGGACUGCCGUGGGUUUACGGCUGGGAGCCACUGUGAAAGGUGCAUGGAUGGCUAUUAUGGAAACCCUCUGGAAGGAGAACCCUGCCACCCAUGCAUGUGCCCAGGGGUACCUACAAGCAAUAGGUAUUUUGCACAUUCCUGUUACCGGGAUUCCCAGUCUGCACAACUAAUCUGCAAUUGUCUCGAGGGACAUGCAGGCAAUCAGUGUGACGAGUGUGCUACUGGGUUCUAUAAAAACCCAAGCAGCCCUGGGCUUGACUGUGCACCAUGUCCCUGCAAUAGUAACAUUGAUUUGACAGACCCAGAGUCUUGUAACAGGGUCACAGGGGAAUGCAUCAAGUGUUUACAUAAUACCCAUGGAGCAAACUGCCAGUUCUGCAAACCAGGUUAUUUUGGCUCAGCUCUCAAUCAAAACUGUCAAAGGUGCAUGUGCAAUCAGGCAGGUGUUGUCCCUGCCAUGUGCCCGGAGGGGGACGCAGCCUGCCUGUGUGACCCAGCCACGGGAGCUUGCCCUUGCCUGCCCAAUGUGGUGGGUGCCACAUGUGACCAAUGUGUCUCUGGCUACUGGGACCUGGCUAGCGGAAAAGGAUGUCAGACCUGUGGCUGUGAUCCAAAAAACUCACAAAGCAACCAGUGCAACCAGUUUACAGGCCAGUGUCCAUGUAAGCCAGGCUACAGUGGAAGACGUUGUGAUGAAUGUGAGGAAAACUACUUUGGCAAUCCCCAGAUGCAUUGCAUUUCGUGUGAGUGUAACCCCGAGGGAACCCGCCAGCCCCUCUGUGACAAGGUCACCGGCGCGUGUAACUGCCGUGCUGGGGUCACCGGCCGCCUCUGCGACCAGUGCGGCCGGGGCUUUGAGAAAGACUUUCCCUCUUGCCGUCAGUGUCACCUUUGUUUUGAUCAGUGGGACACUGAAAUUGCUGCCCUUGCUCAGACUGUUCAGGGGUUGAUGAGGUUUGCUGCAAAGCUGGAAGAUAAAGGAGGACGAAUGCCCAGCUGCGACAUGCGCUUCAAAGCCUUUGAAGAUGCCAUUUCUGAAAUUGAGCGAAUUUUGAGACAUCCUGUCCUUUCACUGGAGGCCCUCUCAGGCAUCAGGGAGUUUCAGGGCUACCUUCUACAAAAGGUUGCACAAAUGGAUCCCCUCCACAGUUUGCCAUAUGAGUUUCCUGACCUUAACAAGAACUUAGAAGAUAUUGGAGAAGAAGCUGAUUUAGUGUAUGAAGUUCUACAACAGAAAAUACACCUGCAUCAAAGUUUUCAGUACUUGAACUUCAAAGAGGCCAUCAGCAACAUUAGGAAACACUUUGAAGUAUCACUGCUGGCAGAACAGAGGACCAGGGGUACAACCCCUUUUCUAAGACACUCAGAGUACACCAGGAGCCACAUGCUCGCUAUGUUGGACCAUGAGGUCUUAAAAGCAAGUAAUGUGCUGCAACAGCUCAAAAUGAUCAAAAGCCCUGACAUCCAAAACUUGAACAAAAAGAUCUGUGGUGUGCCAGGAGACCAGCCCUGUGUCACAGCAGCCUGCCGGGGAGCUUUGUGCCAGGACAGUCUUGGGCUCAGGCAGUGUGGUGGCCUAAACUGCAGUGGAGCUCUUCCUCUUUCCACUGAGGCGUUCAGGAAAGCUGAGGAGACUGCUGUGUUGCUAAAUAACUUGACUACUCAGCUACAAGAACCUGAGAAUCAGGUGCUGUAUAUCAAACCUACAUUUGUUCACAUUAGAAAAAUGGCAGAAGACAGCAAACUGAAAGGCUCACAUUUAACUGGGCAACUGGAGACAGCCAGGAAUCAAAUUCAGGUUGAUGGAGAGAUCACUAAGGAGUUCAUCCAAAAAGUGAAAUACUUCUUAUUAGAUGAGAGUGCACCUCCAGAAGACAUUGAGAAGGUGGCAAAUUACGUUCUGCAAAUAAACCUUCCCCUGACUCCACAAGAGCUCACAAGAAUGCUUGGCAAAAUCAAGAGCAUUAUGAACCACUGUGAGGAGUACCACCUGAACAAUAAGGGAAACGUAAAAAUGGAGGAUGCUCAGACACUGCUGGUAGAGGCACAAGAAGCUGACAAAGCAGCGAAAGGUGUUCUGCCUGUGGAUGAAAUUAAUAAUAAGCUAAAAAAUCUUGUGAAGUCCCAAGGACACUCCAAAAACACCAUCAUAAAGUUAAAUGAAAAGAUUCAAGGCAUCAGAACACAAAUCUCACAGGCUGAGAACCGAGUGAACAAGACAAACAAUGAACUAAAUGACUUGUCAGCCAAACAAACUGAGAUGGAAGAUGAAAUUGCCACCUGGCAGACAAAAACGCUGAGGAACAAGAAUCAAGCUACAAAGGCAAGAGCAAAGGCAGAAGCAGCACACAAGCAAGUCCAGAAUAUUGAUAAUGAAUUUGCUGACAUUAAAAGAAAGUACACCAUUCUUCAAGAAAAGCUAAAAGCCCAAGGACCUCCAAAAGUAACGCUAGAAAAAGUGAAGCAGCUGAAAGAAGAAGCAGAAAAACUGGCUGAAGAGACUGAAAAAAAGAUUAAAAGAAUAACAGAUUUGGAGAAGAAGCUUCAGGAACUGAAUCAAACCAAACAAGACAAGGCAGAGCAACUGAGACAACUAGAGGAAAAAGUGAUAGCCAUUAAAAAUGAAAUCAUGGAGCAGGAAAGCAAGUAUGCAACAUGCAAAAGUUAGGGUCUGAACAGACCAUCAGGUAAAAUGCAGCUGAAGUCUCUAUGAUUACCACCUCCUGAGUUUCCUGGUACAAGGGACUGUCCUCUGGAAUUACAUCUGAAGGAGCAUAUAGAAUUUUGUCACACUGAAUAAUGUAAUUUUCUCUUCCCUCCCCCUGCCAGUUGAGUUUAUAUGGAAGUAGGAAAUACAUUUUAAUAA